UCAUCAUUCGCUGUGUCCCGUACUUUGCUGUGCAGUGUGCUAAACGCAGACUUUGUUUAUAGUAAAUUUGGACCAGUCCCCAAGAUCCGUGCCCCGUGUCAUUCAACUGGGAUUGCGGUCCCCUCUUCCCCGCCAUGUCCACCAGUGACGCCGUAUUCCACCGGCGCAACAAGCAGAUCCAGGAUGCCAUUGAUGGGCAAAACCUGAAGCAGGCCCUGCAGCUGAUUGAAAAGCGCGUGAAAAAGGGGGAAAACACAAGGUUCCUCAAUGUCUGGAAAGCGCAUAUCCUCUUUCGCCAUGCCGACGAAGCCCAUCACCAGCGUGGUGUCACGGAGACCCUUAACCUGUGCAAGGCCGAGCCCCCAGCCACCGACCUCGACACUCUUGACAUCCUAAACGAGACGUUGCAGUUGAUGGGUGACCAGCCGGAUAUCGUGAGGGCUCUCUGGGAGAAGGCGUCCAAGGCGAAGCCCAAGGACCUGGACUUACAAAUGAGAUGGUUCAACCUCUCUUUUGAAAAUGAUGACUGGAAAUCUGCGCAAAAGGCGGCCAUGACCCUCCAGAACAACUUCCCGAAGAACAGGAAAUACCAUAUCUGGGCGAUCUUCCUCAGUUAUCUGGUUGCCACAGACGCAGCAAGCUCGGAGAUGGAUCGCAAGCUUUUCGGAACGUUGGCUUAUCGCAUGGUUUCUAAAGCUGCCGACAGCGUCCCUGCCGAUCCGAAAGAACUGCUCAGCCCUCCCAGAGCUAUCCAAACUCCGGAGGAACUCUUGCUGUUAGUCAAGAUUUUUGAGCACCAAGGAUGCUACGGCGAGGUCGUGAAAAUCCUUGACAGCGAGAACCUGGGCCUCGACUCGCGUGUCGUUCAGAACGAGUGGUCUUUUGUAGGCACGAAGCUUUUCAACCUGGAAAAGGCGCAGAUGUGGGCCGAGGCUUUGGCCUAUACAAGAAGCCUGCUUGCCAUUCCCACCAACGAAUCUGAGCGCAAAGCCCUUCAGGAACGUGACGACUGGGCAGUCUGGCAGAUCCUCAUUGCUGCAGCACGGAACAUCAACACAAAAGAGACCACUGCAGAGACGCAGAAAUUCCUUGAUGAUUUUAUCCAAUCGGAACCUAAAUCCCGUAAUGCCCAGCUGGCCCGUCUCGAUUUCACUCAUUCCGAGUUCACGUCGGGGAACUUGAAGCCCGAGGAUCUGCUAUCGGCUUGCCAGACAUAUUUUGACAACAACAAGAGCAAGCUUUAUUGCUUCGGUGAUCUAGUCACCUAUCUUUCCGCGUUGGACAAAAAUCAUGUCUCGCAGUUUGUAGCACAUGCAUCGUCUACGGUGCAGAAAGACGCGAGUGCGCAAAAUGCGGCGACCAACAAUGUUGCUACAAUCAAUGCCCUCAAACUCGAGUAUUGCUUCCAGCUUUCAGCGGACGAGAGUAAUGCAACGAAAGAAAAGGUCGAAGAUUUCGUCUCACGCUGCUUACAGACCUACGGCUCAUAUGAGCGCCCAGCCCCCAGCGAUGGCCAGACAACCAUCGAGAGCCAACCCACCGAUGAUGUGUGUCUCCUGGCUGCCAUGGGCCUGAUUCGUUUCAGCGGGGCGUGGAUCCCGGGCAACGAAGAACAGGUCCCAGAUACCGUUCUUAUUCGUGCCGCGGCGAUUCUGGACCGCCUGCUUGCCGAUUCGCCGCACAAUUACCACGCAUUACUGCUUCUUGUGCGGAUCUAUCUUCGCCUGGGGGCUGGAUCUCUUGCCUUGAAGACCUUUAGCAAACUUUCGGUCAAACAAGUCCAGUUUGAAACCGUGGCCCACAAUCUCUUCACACGACUCGCGACGAUUCAUCCGCACUCGGCACCCCCUAUUGAAGGGGCAGAGUAUAAGGAUUUCAACCCUCAGUCUGCCUUCAAUCAGGCCCUCUAUUUCUACCGGACCGCGGACGUCACCUCGUCCAGGAACCGCUCGAAUGGGCUUGACUACGGCAGCUAUGUGAACGUUGAAGGCACCAUCGCACUUCAAAAACGCCUGAAGCAGAGUAUCUGUCGCCGGAUGUACGCCCUGGACGUGAGGCGUAUGCAACGGUUGGUCGGUGGAGAUCCCACUGGCAAAUAUGAUGAUUUAGCACGAGACGCGUCCCAUUUGGUUGAUGAGCGAGCCUUCGACGCUUUCAUGAACUGCGAGGCGCCAGGCCAGUCCACUCUUGAGGAGCGAGUGCGACUGGGACCUCUGCCCAAGGAACGAUGGGUCAAGUCCAGCAGGGCGAUUGACCAGCUGUUUGGUCUUCUCAGAUCUCUGGCUGCGCAGAAGCCAGUGUCGGCCGAAAUCGAUGUGCCCAGCCUUGACGAACUGGUCGGGGGAGACGCUGCAUCCGAGAUGACCGCUCCAGAGAUUGAGGGUGCCAAGGUUAGCCUGCAUCUCUUGAAGGUGACGUCGUAUAUUGCAGGGUCGAAGUCCGUCACCUCUGCCCAUGUGGAAAGUGCCCUUUCUGAGGUGGAGGAAUGGCUGAAUGCUCAAGCCAAGGAGCUUGCAAUGGACGACAACAAAAUUUCCCCAGUCCUCUCAAGGACGGCCAUCACUCUUGAGUCCGGCACUCCCUCGGCUCCGUCCUGGAACUACUUCCACUCUAGUUUCGUCACCCUAGAACUGCUCAAGGCCAUCUCGGCGGUUUGCACUGUUGCACUGAGGAAAGGCUCCAAGGCGCCCAAGGUGCCAAAAGACCAGAUUCAACGCCUGGAGAUUUCUGUGCGCCAAGUCCACGAGGCCAUCCGGUCGAACGCCCGUGUGCUGAAAUCCCAGUCCGGCCUUCUCGGGUCCCUCGUCGAUUUAAUCACGACUGGCCCCAGCAGCAGCCCAGACAGCCAGCCGCUCCAGGCUGCGCUGAACAAGACGCUUGACACGGCGGCGUUGGAGAUUUUCUGUGGGGAUCUGUUGGAGAGUUGGGAGGAGGGCUUGGAUGGGUUGUUGAAGGUGGCGCUGUGAAUAGAGAAUCGGAUAUCACUAAGUUCAUGAUAGUUAGCGCACGCAUCAGCACAUGAGUGCUUGAGAUCAUUGGGCAUGUCUACCAUGCCGCAGGAACACUAGCACAGCAACCCAAAAGACUAGACAUGCCAGUUGGCAUGGAAAAUUCCCC